AUGUCAAAAGUUGACCUGUACAGCGAAUUGGGUGUAGAUGGUGAUUCCGAGACUCCAGGUGCUCCUGGAGCUGUGGUCGUGGCAAAAGACCCGGCCGCACCUUCGAAAGACGUUUCUUCGAAGCGGCAAUCAGCAUCUGACCUGUUCACCAUUUUUUGCUCCGGUUUCGCUCUCAUCAGCGAUGGAUACCAGAAUAACCUCAUGACCAUGACAAAUGUCGUGUUGAAAGCGGAGUACAAGAAGCAAUAUACCUCUGCUGUCAGCACCCGUGUAUCCAAUGCUCUGCUGGUAGGGGAGAUUAUAGGCCAACUCGUCAUUGGCCUGACAUGCGACUAUCUAGGCCGCAAAGUCGCAAUCGUAACGACGACUGCCAUGAUCGUCAUUGGCGGAAUAUUAGCCACCGCUUCCCACGGCAUCACUAUCAAUGGCAUGUUUUGGAUGAUGACGGUAUCUCGGGGAAUUGUUGGAUUUGGUACUGGAGGAGAGUAUCCUGCUUCAAGCACCUCGGCCUCCGAGGCUGCGAAUGAGUUCACGCCGAAGAAACGAGGGCCAAUCUUCAUCCUGGUGACGAAUCUUCCGCUCUCCUUCGGUGGGCCCUUGGCCGUCAGUGUCUUCCUGAUCGUUUUUUCGGCGUCAACAUCCAGGCACCUUUCGACGAUAUGGCGAGUAUGCUUCGGUAUCGGCUGUCUCUUGCCCUUGACGGUAUUUUACUUUAGAAUCAAAAUGCUGAACUCUAAGCUCUACCGCAGAGGUGCCAUUAAGAGAAAGGUCCCAUAUCUCUUAGUAUCGAGGUACUACUGGAAGUCUUUGAUUGGGACGUGUGGAGCAUGGUUUUUGUACGACUUUGUGACCUUUCCAAACGGAGUAUUCUCUGGUACCAUCAUUUCAAGUGUGGUGAAGAAUGGGAGCAUUCUGAAGACAGCCGAAUGGCAGCUUCUCCUUGGGAGCAUAGCCUUACCCGGUGUUCUCGUGGGGGCAUGGUUGUGUGACAGAUUGGGCCGGAAGAACACUAUGAUGCUAGGCUUUAGCGGCUAUCUGGUCUUUGGACUGAUAAUCGGGUGCGCCUAUGAUCGAAUCACCAAGGUCGUACCCCUUUUCGUGAUCUUUUAUGGUCUCAUGCUGUCUUCUGGAAACUUAGGACCUGGUGAUAUGUUAGGUUUGAUGUCUUCCGAGAGCUAUGCCACAGCAGUUCGUGGUACGUGCUAUGGCAUUUCAGCUGCGUUGGGAAAGACUGGCGCCGCUGUUGGCACGGAGGUUUUCACGCCCAUCCAAACGAAUCUUGGGAAGAAAUGGACAUUCAUAAUCGCGGCCAUCUGUGGUGUUGUCGGUGUCUUAGUAACGUUCUUCUUCAUCCCAAACCUCACUGGUGACGAUCUUGCGGUUGAAGACGAGAAAUUUAGGGCGUAUCUGGUGGCUCAUGGAUGGGACGGUGAGAUGGGCGAAGAAGACUUGAAGGCUCUGGCGGAUAAGGGAAUUCCACCGAGUAUAAUCGAAGAAGUCAAGUGA